CGGGACCGGGCCCUGGGGGCGGCGGCGGCGGCGGCGGCGGGAGCGGAGCGGGGGGGGGGAGGGGAACGGAACCGGCCUGGGCCUCAAGGAACGGCGCGGGGGGGGGCCGGGGGCAGCGCUGAGAGGGCCCCGGAGGGCGGCGAGAUGGCGGAGACGAUCAUCAUCCGCGUGCAGUCUCCAGACGGGGUGAAGCGCAUCACGGCCACCAAGCGCGAGACCGUGGCCACGUUCCUCAAGAAGGUUGCAAAAGAAUUUGGUUUCAGGAAUAAUGGGUUUUCUGUCUACACCAAUAGAAACAGGACAGGAGAGAUCACAGCAUCACAAAACAAAUCCCUCAACUUACUGAAAAUCAAGCACGGCGAUAUGCUGUUUCUCUACCCCUCGAGCCCAGCGGGCUCUUCCUCAGAGACCAUGGACACCUCUGUCUCCCAAAGCUUGCGGCCUGCGGGGGCCCCCCAGGUGGUGGAAGAUGAGAUCGACCAGUAUCUGAUCAAACAGGACGGGAAGAUUUACCGAAAUCGAGACCAGCAGCUGUGUCGCCACGGCCCCCUGGGUAAAUGCGUGCACUGUGUACCACUAGAGCCUUUUGAUGAGGAUUAUUUAAACCAUCUGGAACCUCCUGUGAAGCAUAUGUCGUUCCAUGCCUACAUCAGGAAGCUGACCGGAGGGGCAGACAAGGGGAAAUUUGUUGCCCUGGAAAACAUCAGCUGCAAGAUCAAAUCGGGCUGUGAAGGACACCCUCCUUGGCCGGAAGGCAUUUGUACAAAGUGUCAGCCAAGUGCCAUCACUCUCAAUAGGCAGAAAUACAGGCAUGUUGACAACAUCAUGUUUGAGAACCACACAAUUGCAGAUCGCUUCCUAGACUUCUGGCGGAAGACAGGAAACCAACAUCUUGGGUAUUUGUAUGGCCGGUACACGGAGCACAAAGACAUCCCUCUGGGGAUCCGGGCCGAGGUCGCUGCCAUCUACGAACCCCCACAGAUUGGUACACAGAACAGCCUGGAGAUCCUGGAAGAUCCAAAAGCAGAGGUUGUGGAUGAGAUUGCUGCCAAGCUUGGACUGAGAAAGGUUGGCUGGAUAUUUACUGAUCUGGUCUCUGAAGACACGCGGAAAGGGACUGUGCGGUACAGCAGGAACAAGGACACGUAUUAUCUCAGUGCAGAAGAGUGCAUCACAGCUGGAAACUUUCAGAACCAGCAGCCCAACAUCUGUCGCCUUUCUCCAGAUGGUCACUUUGGAUCCAAGUUUGUCACAGUUGUGGCUACAGGUGGUCCCGACAACCAGGUUCACUUCGAGGGGUACCAGGUCUCCAACCAGUGCAUGGCGCUGGUUCGGGAUGAGUGUCUGCUGCCCUGCCGAGAUGCACCGGAGCUGGGCUACGCAAAGGAGUCCAGCAGCGAGCAGUAUGUGCCUGAUGUGUUCUAUAAGGACAUAGACAAGUUUGGCAACGAGAUCACCCAGCUGGCUCGCCCGCUCCCAGUCGAGUACCUGAUCAUAGAUAUCACCACGACUUUCCCCAAGGAUCCAGUCUACACUUUUUCUAUCUCUCAAAACCCGUUUCCCAUCGAGAACCGCGAUGUGCUGGGAGAAACUCAGGACUUCCACAGCUUGGCCACGUACCUGUCCCAGAACACCUCCUCCGUUUUCCUAGACAUCAUUUCUGAUUUCCAUCUGCUCCUCUUCCUGGUCACGAACGAGGUCAUGCCUCUGCGGGACAGCAUCAGCUUAUUGCUGGAAGCCGUGAGAACCAAGAACGAGGAGCUCGCCCAGACCUGGAAGAAAUCGGAGCAGUGGGCAACCAUCGAGCAGCUCUGCAGCACGGUCGGCGUGCAGCUCCCCGGCCUGCAGGAGUACGGUGCCAUGGGGGGGUCGCCCCACGCCGUCUCGGCGGCCAUGUGGGCCUGCCAGCACUGCACCUUCAUGAACCAGCCGGGCACGGAGCACUGCGAGAUGUGCAGCCUGCCCCGCACCUAGCCCCCCCCUCACAGCCCCCAGCACGGAGCCAGCCCCCUGGCAGUAGCAGCGGUGCUCGUCCCCUCUUCAGCCUCCCUCCACCUUGCUUCCCGCACCCCCCCGGGGGGCCAGGAGCCAGCCAGGGGCAGGGGGUGGCUCUGCUCCUGCUCCCCCCUCGCUUUUUUGGGGCAGCCCCGUCCCCGUGGGGCUCCUUUUAGGAACCUUCACCCCGCGGGGCCACGCUCUCUGCUGUCCCCAGCGUGGCUUUGGCCUGCUCCUGGUGUCCCCGGGGGGCUUGGGGUGGUUCCAGGGCCCCCCCUCCCCACCGACCCCCCUUGCCCGAGGUGUCCCCCAGGCUGCAGAGGUGACGGUGGGGGGGUGACACCUUCCUCCCCCCACUUUUGCACCCCUGCAGCUCCCUGCUGCCACCUUGGGGCUCCCCUAAGGGCCAACGUGUGCCUGCGAGCAGCCCCCCGGGGGGGGGGCACAUGCCUGUUCCCCCCUUGGCAUCACUCCCUGCCCUGGGAUCCUCCUGGGGGAGGCAGGACGGGUGAUUUCCCCCCCCCUCACACCACCACCAAGGGCUCUGGGGUGAGCCCACAGGGGAGUUUGUCCCCUCCUGGGGGGCGAAGCCAUGCUGGGGGGCUGGGGGGGUGCAAACAGCCCCCUGCGGGCCUGCCCCCCCCUUACAGUGCCCCCCACCUGGGAAUUUAGGACCUCAGCCCAGUUCCUGGGGGCACCCGUAGCAGCACCCCCCUGUGCCACCCCCCCGAGGGAGUCACCGCAGCCUUCCCCAAAUGUGAGCCGGGGGGGGCGGCGUGGUGGGGACCCCCAGAGCCCCCCCCAGCCCCUCGCUGCUGCCUGCGGGCUCUGCUGAGCCCCCCCCCAACUUUCGGCCCCACUGUGGGGCUGCGGCGAUUUGCUUUCCCCCUGGCUUUCUCGGUGGC